AUGCUAGGAGCUCACGGCGGCGACGGCGAUGGGAGGGAUCCGCACCGAUCGUGGUGUAAGAAAAUAUCAGGCUGCAAAAACAGCGGCUCGAAGAAAACACCACCACCACCAAGAGGGGCAGCCAAAAAUCUAAAACUUGAGGCUGCCUUGAAGAAAAAUGGAGGCCCGUUACCCAUGUACUUCGACUACAAAUCAAAGACCUUUCAGUCGAUCGGGGACUACGGGGCUAUGUACAAAUCUUUGUUAGGCUCGUUGAUCGGAGAUGUCCCCCAGUACUACGAGUCAUGGGACGAUGUGCCUGAGUCUAUGAGGGACCAUAUCUUGGAGGAAGUACAGCGCUAUUUUGCGAUGGACCAGUACUUAGAGCUUGAUGAGGACGACCCCACCCGGAAGGCAGCAAAACUGGCUUUCCGUGCUGAUGCAGCUAGCAUAUAUAGGCAGAGAAAGUCAAAAUUCAAAUCUCAGCAUUUUACAGCACGGGGGGGUGUAGGCUCAGCAGAUACCCUGCAGACAGCACCGCCCACUGGGAUGACCGGGUGA